AUGCCAUCUUCGUCGAGGUCAGAUAGUUCCAAGGCUCGAAAGCUGGACAACGACAGUUUCGUCGCUUUUGACCACGCUGCGGCUGGACAUGAGGGAGUUCGCUGUACCCCCUCGGGCUCUUUCAUCGCGAAGCCUUGCACUCCCGCCGAGGUUGCGUUCUACGAGUCCUGUGCCCUCCACCCAGCUUUCGCCGAAUUUAUUCCGACCUACAUCGGAAGUUUGACCUCCGCAGAGGGACAACAACAGCCGCUUGCACUCGCCAGUGCCCAGCCGGGCGCUAUCGUUCUUCCUAGCUCCGAUUCGUCCGAAGUAUCGACCGCUGUCGCAACCCCCCAACCGAACGGAGGAGCAAAUGCGCCCGACGCACCAGCAACCGUGGAACAGAAUUGGGUUCCAUCGGGUGGAAAGAAGAUCGACACAGGAUUGUCAAUCGUGUUGGAGAAUGUGGCAUGUGGAUUUAAACGACCGAACGUCUUGGACGUUAAAUUAGGCGCAAGAUUGUGGGCGGACGAUGCGCCGCUUGCCAAGCGAGCGAAGCUGGACAGUGUGUCUAAGGAGACGACCAGUUCCAGUUUGGGGUUCCGAAUUGCCGGGAUGAAAGUGUGGACUGGUGUUAAUGGGGAGAACGACGAAGGGGGUAAGACCGACCCGUAUGCGACUAAAUAUGAGGGCUCAGAGGGCGUAAAGGGCGAGGUCAUUGAGAAGGACGGCUACAGGCGUUAUGAUAAGUGGUACGGACGUGCGUUCAGUGACAAGAAUGUUAAGGAGGGGUUCGAGACUUUUCUUGCUGGCGCGAAGGCUGGUUCGGUUGACCGCUCGAAACUUAUCGCUCGGAGACUGGCCGAUGAACUAAAGAACCUGCAGGAGGUUCUCGAAUCCGAGGAGAGUCGGAUGUAUUCCGCAAGUGUCUUGAUCGUCUAUGAAGGUGACCCAGAGGCGAUGGAGAUUGCGCUUGAGGAGGAAAAGAAGGUCAAAGAAAACCCCAAAGAGGACCCCGAGGAGGAAGAAGAAGACGAUGAGAGUUUUGAGCUUCAGCUCCAGCAGGAUGGCUCUUUCCCAGUGGUGGAUCUCCCGAUCCAGAAAGAUGGUCUACCUCAGCAGGCCAUUAAUAUCAGCAUCGAUCCGGAAACCAUUCAGUUGGGUGAUUCGGAUAUUGAAGAGGACGAGGAGGAGCCUCCGAAAGUGCAUGAUCUCCGUCUGAUUGAUUUUGCGCACGCCAGCUGGACACCCGGCCAGGGACCGGAUGAAAAUCUACUCAAGGGAGUACGAAGUCUGGUAACAUUCCUCAAUGAGCUUGCUACAGAAACGCCGCUCCGAACAAUUUGUACCGGAACUAUCGCAACAGCGAAACCAAACCCAGCAGCUGCCAACAAAAUGUUCCCCACGCGUGCCCUCCUGGGGCGUUCCGUCUGGAAAGGCCCAAACAUCGUCCCUCUCCCUCUCCCCCGGAAACUCCCUCCUCCUCCCGGCACACCCCCGAUCAAGACGCAAAAGCGCGGAGCUACGAUUCUCCCUAACUUCGUGGGCCUGCGAUUCUCGGUGCACAACGGGAAGAACUACCAGGAUGUUUUGAUCACUGAGGAGAUGGUUGGACGGAAGCUUGGUGAAUAUGUCGCGACUCGGAAGAGGUUUACGUAUAAGCAGUCGAAGAACAAAUAGAUGAUUGGUUCUGUGCGGUUGUGUGCUCUGUGGGCGACGGGAUGGAUAAUUGCCUGACUUGAGGUCUGUGGGGAGGAUUUACUAUUCUCGAUUGGCGUUUUCGUAUUCUUGUAUAUCUAUGUCGCAUAUGUUGAAUGUAAAAUUAGCCGUUACUGUCACUGUGGAGUCAGGAU